CGAGGGGAAACUUUCGCUGAGGCACAGCAGGGGUGUUGAGACGAGAUUUGGCACACCCGUAGACUUGAAGCGGGAGAAAGUUUCUUGCGCCUUGCGGGGAAAGGGUCAAGAGUUGGACAGCUGCCCGCUAGAAUACGCUGCCUGAAAGGUACCCAGGAUGGGGCCGUGGGCUUGGUUUUUCCUGGUAUUUGUUGCUGCUGCAUCUGCCCACUGGCAAAAGGACCCCAUGCUCAAUAGACACUGGGAUCUUUGGAAGAAAAAGUAUGGCAAAGAAUACCAAAAUGAGAAAGCAGAAGAACAUCGCCGCAUGACUUGGGAAAAGAAUCUACAGUUUAUCGCGUUGCACAAUCUCGAACAUUCUCUGGGUUUGCAUUCCUAUGAGCUUGGCAUGAAUCAUUUGGCAGAUAUGACUAGUGAGGAGGUAGCUGCUCUACUCACUGGGUUGAGAAUUCCAGACUCAUGGAACCAGAAUUCCACGAUUUACAGGCCACAUCUACAGGACCAACUCCCUGAUACUGUGGACUGGAGGGACAAAGGAUGUGUCACAGAUGUUAAGAACCAGGGUGGAUGUGGUUCCUGCUGGGCAUUUAGUACCGUUGGGGCCUUAGAAGGCCAGUUAAAACUCAAGACAGGGAAACUGGUGUCCCUAAGUCCACAAAACCUUGUUGACUGCUCCACUUCGUAUGGAAACGAUGGAUGUCACGGAGGCUACAUAACUCGUGCCUUCCAGUAUGUCAUAGAUAAUAAUGGUAUUGAUUCAGACGCGUCCUACCCAUACAGAGCCCAGGAUGAAAAAUGCCACUAUGACGUUGCUGGCAAGGCCGCCACUUGCUCGACAUAUACUCAGCUUCCAUCUAGAGAUGAAGCUUCACUGAAGGUUGCAGUCGCCAAUGUUGGUCCUGUAUCAGUUGCUAUAGAUGCAAGUCAACCAACGUUCUUUCUGUUUAAGUACGGUGUGUACGAUGAUCCAAAGUGCACUGAGCAGAAUAUAAACCAUGCAGUCCUUGUAAUUGGAUAUGGAACACAGAAUGGCAAAGACUAUUGGCUCGUGAAGAACAGCUGGGGUACCUCUUUUGGUGAGCAAGGAUACAUUAAAAUUGCAAGGGACCAUCAGAAUCGGUGCGGCAUCGCCAACUAUGCCUCAUAUCCACAAAUGUAGGAAGAAUUUCUAGGUCACGAUGGAUUUUUCUUCACUGGAGAAGUAGCCCAUUAGGCAACUAAUCUUAGGCCUUUUUUGAGAAAUCAAACUGCUGUGUUUGUGAAGAGUGAUUGGGCCUCCACGGACAAGAGCUUCUUGUCAGCUCCACCUGGUAGAUCUGAGAAAAUCAACCAAAAUGAUGGUUUUAGCUUGGUUUAGCUUGGUAUUUGCUCACUGUCCCGUGGGUGCUGUGAAGCUUAAUCAGUUAAUAAUGGAAUGUCUGUAGUUCCGCUUUGAACAACUGAAGCUUUAUGUAAUUGCUGGGUAUUACCACUUCAAAUUGUGUUCUAUUAAAAGCUAUGUCAGGUUUAAAAAAAAAAUCCUUCUGUGAUACCAGUAACUUAAAAUCGCUUUAUGAUUACAGAACUAUAAAAUAAACAGAAUGACACAUCAA